CAAGAAAUCUCAGUUUUCAGGUUUGAUAUAGUCUAUGCGCCCAAGACACUCAUGUUUCUCAGAAGCACUAUGCUGGGAAUUCUCCUUAUCUGCAUUCUCUGGACAGAGACUACUAUGGCUGGAUCUAGUUUUUUAAGCCCUGAAUAUCAAAACACACAGCAACGAAAGGAUCCAAAAAAGCAUACAAAGUUAAACCGCCGGGCUGCAGAAGGAUUUUUGGAUGCAGAUGCAAGGCAGGCAGAAGGAGACAACAAUGAAAUAGAGAUUAAGCUUAAUGUUCCCUUUGAAAUUGGUGUCAAGAUAACAGAAGACCAGUACCAGGAGUAUGGACAAGUGCUGGAGAAGAUCCUAGAGGACAUUCUUGCAGAGGAUACUAAAGAAACCCGAAAUUGGCAUGAGUUGAAACAUGAAGAUGUUACAAACUGAUUAGAGUACAACGAAGUUCCACUCAUUGGCUUGGAUUGCUUUAAAUCUUGCUUUACAUUGUGCAACAGAUGAUAAUAGCAUGUAUUAAAAGACAAAUGCAUGAAGCUGAACAGUUCGCAGUUUUAAAAAAAAUGACAUUUUGUUGUGCAACAGAUCUUUCGAUGAGGUUGCAAGUAGUAUAUGUAUGAUAGACAGAUAACAGCAAGCAAGGUCAAACACUGAAAUCUAAAUUGUUUUCUUACCUUUCAAAACUAUGUGACUGAAGCUACCUGUUCUAAACAAGUGAGGGAAAAACUGUGUUAAUUUACCAUAUGCUUCUUUCAGCAGAAAAUAAAGCUAGUGUUGAAACCGC